AUUUUACGUUUUAUGAAAUGUCUGGUAGUCAAUGGCGUUGCAGUCGCCCUCAAUGUGGAUAAAAAACCUCGUUUUAUUAUAAAAAUUGGAGUUGUAACUUUAUCGACGAAUUUAGCUCGGAACACAUCAGUGUUGGCUAAACAUAUCAAACAGCUCAACGCAUGGGAAUUGAAUUCGGCUUCGUCUGAAUGGAUAAUAGCUUUGAAAUCUAUAUAUGAUAGAAAAUACAUAUACAAGGUAUUAAAUACAUCUGAACUCCGUUACGACCAGAAUAUAGUAGUCACUUUACCUCAUAAUCUGUAUAAAGGCAAUAAUAUACUUUGCGCAAACAACUUUGAUAUUGGUUUGAAAUACCAUAGAAACACUGGGAAUUGCUCUCAACAACAUUUUCAUUCCCGGAAUUGUAUUCAACCUCAAAAGGCAUUGAGAUAUUAUCAAAGCUCAAACAGAUUUAUGAAUUUGGCGAGGAAUAAAAAUAUUUUUCGAAAUGACCAUCUAGUGCCGCUUCAUGGAAGUGGAACAAUAUAUAAUUAUUAUACUGGAAGAUUUCAUAUGACAAAUGCAAGUGAGCUCAUGUUAAAACAUAAUUUACACACGAAAAACGAAACGAUACAUGUUGUACAGUACUUUAAAGUUCGAGUGAAUUCUACAUUGUACGCAUCACACUUAGGAUACUGGACUCUAGAACAAUCAAUGGCAAUGAUUAAAAUACCGUAUCCAGUAGAAGCACGCAAUUUCUUGGGCGAGAAAUUAAUCGUAGGUCGAUGUAAUUACACUGACGAGAAACCUGUCCCUGACCAGGAUGGUCCUUCAGCACCAGGGCUUUUGGAUGAUUUGCUGCACUUUCUUAUUGUGAGAAUGAAUGGAACGUCAUUGACUCGAUAUUACAGUAAAUUGGGAUUUCGUACAUACGAAGGAGCGUGGUCAGGUUUGCUCGGGGCACUUUUAGACCAUACAGUAGAUAUUGCCCUCGAACCAGUGACUGAGCAAGUGUCAGGUCAGCAAGAAAUGGACUUUAUUUUUCCGAUCGCAGAGACAAUGUACAACAUCUACAUACGUAACCAAGAGACAUCAUCGGUGCGGGACAUAUUUCUGGCUCCAUUCAGUACUCGACUCCUUAUAUGCGUAGCAAUGGUGUUGGUUGUGUCUGCGAUCACGAUUGUUAUAAUUACUAACAUAUCGAGGACAUUUUUAAAAAAUAAAUCUCGACAAAUAGGUUGUAGUGAGGCAUUAAUAUGGUCGACGGGAAUAUUAUGCCAACAAGGUGGUACCUGCACUCCAUCAAACCCUGCGGUUAGCAUUUUGGUCAUAGUAUGCCUAUUUUUUGGACUGGUAACGUAUAAUGCAUAUGCGGCCUUUAUUACAUCUGUGCUAUCUGUUCGUGUUGCGAACGUUGGAUCUGUAUCUGACGUGUUACAAUCUCCGAAUAUGAAGAUUGGGUACAUAAAAAAUGGAGCCGAUCAGAUAUACCUAAUGUCGACAAAAGAUAUACAGCUGAAUGCGUUCUAUAUUCGUGGCUAUUCAGAGGCUGAAAACCUCGUUUCAUCGCCAGAAGAAGGCCUUGCUCGCGCUGCUAGUCAAGACUAUGCUUUUUUUGCCGGACAACGGGCUGCUCGUUCAACACUUAAAUCUAUGAGCCAAGCACGAGGACGCUGCGUCCUACGCGAGUUGCCUGUCCACUCAACUCGCUCUCAACUUUCGUUUCCACUGCCGCGACGAUCGCCCUAUUCGAGGGUAAUUCUUAUAAGUUUGCUCCGGCUUCGAAGUGGCGGUACUUUAUCACGAUUAACUACAAGUUUGGUACCAGCUAUGCCCGAGUGUGCCUCACCCACAGGUUUCGCCUCAGCAAGAGCUCAUGAUGUGCAGACAGCCUUUCUUGUCAUUGUCACUGGUUUAAUCGCAUCACUUUUAAUUGGGGUUGGUGAGUAUUGUUGGAAGAAUCGUAAAGAGAACGGGAUCGCGUUAAAAAAAUACUGCCAUAGAAUUACAUAUUCACGUUAGAGUUUAUUAAAUACUUCUAUCAUGUUGGUUAAGACUAUAUUAAAAUAAGUGUUUUAUUGUGAAAAUUUGGUUUUAGUUAUUAGACUGCACAGAAUAAGG